CACCCACCGACCACCUUGAUAACCUCGACACCGUCACUCUUUCAGAUACCUUGAACCGUCACGAGCUGCAUCAAACACAACCGAGUCACGCACGUUACCACAUCAAUCCCCACCUUCUUUUCUCGCAUCGAACACCCUAACCUCAGCAAUGCCGUGAACCGAAAGAUCUCCAUCCAACUACGCCAUCCUUUCGCCCACAAACCUACAACCUCAUAUUACCACCGCACCACAAAAUGCCCGAAUCAACAACCCCAACCCCAACCUCACCCACACCCACCCACCCCCACCCCAACGCCUCCACCACCGACCACUACGCGCCAACCCAAACCCAACAACCGCGCCGCAAAAGAUUCCGCUUCAAAUCCCCCUCCCGCCCCAGCUCCAGCUCCAAGCCCAAAGACAGAACCCAAUCCAAUGUCAACCCCAGAGACCCCCUCGCAAAAGAAACCCGCCACACCGCGCACCGCGCCCGCCGCGCGCACCGCAACCGGCACCCUGACCCUCGCCGCCCCGACAAAACCACCAGCCCCCCCACCCCCGACCCCAUGUCCACCGCACCAACACCAACAGCAGCCCUCGACCCCGACACCGCCUUCCGGGAAUCCCUCUUCGACGCCCUCGGCGACGACGAAGGCGCCACCUACUGGGAAUCCGUCUACGGCCAACCGAUCCACACGUACGCCAUCCCCAGCGUCCCCACGGGCCCGGCGGGGGAGCUCGAGCAGAUGGACGAGGAGGAGUACGCGGCCUACGUGCGGAGCAAGAUGUGGGAGCGGACGCGGGAGGGGAUGCUCGAGGAGCAGGCGCGGUUGCGGGCGGAGCGGCAGCGGAAGCGCCAGCAGGAACAGCAACGGCAGGCGGGGGAGAGCAGCAGAUGCGCGUUCGACGAAGCCAUCGAGGCGAGUCUGCGGCGGGGAAGGGAGCGGAAGCGUGAACGGGCGUGGAGGGAGGGGUGGGCGAGUUAUUUGGGGUGUUGGGGGAGGUUGGAUCGGGCUGUUGCUG